GUCCUGACAGAUGACCAAAGCAGGCAUAAGAAGCGCCGUCACGCCUCCUCCCCGGCCAGUCUCCCUCCGGACGCCAAGACGCAAGGACGCACCACACGUGGCACUUUAUCGCCGGCAUCACUUUUCCUUAUCUCUUGAGGGAGAGAGUUUGAAUUCAUUAUCGUGCGUAUAUUAGAGCUGCUGAAAAUGGCGGAGCUUGAACCCAUUGCUAUUGAUGGUAGCUUUCUGGAAGGUGGUGGCCAGAUUCUGCGCAUGGGACUGGCACUCAGCUCUGUGCGAAAGCUUCCUAUCACAGUCACAAAGAUCCGAGCAGGAAGACCAAAUCCUGGUUUACGGCCACAGCACUUAACAGGGUUACAGCUGGUGAGGGACACAAGCAAUGGCCGCCUGGAAGGAGGGGAGAUCGGGUCGAUGGAGAUCAGCUUUUACCCAGGUCAUAUAUCAGGCGGCAAAUACGUAGCCGAUACUCAGACUGCUGGGAGUGUGAGUCUCUUAAUACAAGCAGCCUUGCCUUGUGCACUCUAUGCCAGCAGCCCAACCUAUCUGACCUUGUCUGGUGGAACCAAUGCGGAAAUGGCGCCGCAAGUUGACUACACUAUACAUGUCUUCAGAAAAGUUAGUGCCUGGUUUGGUGCAGAUUUUCGGCUCUUCCUCCAUAGAAGGGGAUUCUAUCCUCAAGGAAGAGGGGAAGUAUCCUUAGAAGUGAAGCCAGCUCGACAAGGUCUGAUUGCUGCAGAUUUUACUGACUUUGGGGAAGUCAUAUCUGUCUACGGCAAAGCUUAUGUGGCAGGAGUUCUCCCUAUACGGGUCGCGCACAAAAUGGCAGAUGCCGCGGAAAACCUUCUGUAUCAGAAUCUCCCUCAAGGAGUUAAAAUUCGUGUUGACCGAAUCCAAGAACAUCCUGAGACAGCUGUCGGAAGUGGCUCUGGCAUUGUCUUGUGGGCUGAGACUUCCAGCGGUUGCAUCCUUGGUGGUUCCAGUCUAGGGAAGAAGGGCAAGCCUGCGGAACAGGAUGGGGAGAAUGCGGCCAAAGAAAUCUUGGAUUGCAUCCAAAGGAAGGCAUGUUUGGAUAGCCAUUCUCAGGAUCAGGUUAUACUGUUCAUGGCUUUAGCGAAGGGCAAAUCCAUCAUACGCACUGGACCCUUAACAGACCACACCAAGACAGCUAUACAUGUUGCAGAGUUAAUGACAAAGGUGAAGUUUACCAUCACAGAAGAUAAGGAGAGUGACUGCAUAUUUAUAGAAUGUGAUGGAUUAGGCUUAACUCCAAAGGAUAGAAAGUAAAUAGUCUAGGUUUACAUUACUAGCACCUACUGGAAAUAUAUAUAUACAUAUAUAAUAUAUAUUAUAUAUGAUGUAUGAUUUAUGUUAUGUAUUGAUUUUCGCAACAAUAAUUUAGUCAUUGUUACAGCAGUGAAUUAAUUUUUGUUGAUUUAAUCUAGUCCAAAGAACAUUUUUUUCUUUCUUUCUUUCUAAUUGACAUUCAUGUAAAAAAAAAUUUUUUAAUAGUGAUCUGCCUACUAUAUCUGAAUAUUGAUAUGUAAUCAAUGUAUCCCAGCCUCCAAGUACAUAAUUUACGCAUGACAGGAAAGCCAUACAGUGAAACCCCGAGAAGGCAUCCCUCCGGUUAUGGAAUCUCAGAAUAUACCCCCUUCGUCUUUCUCUAGCCGUCAAAAUAAUCACCCCUGUCUCCUGUUGUGUUGUGUAACACAUUCUGUAAGCUUUUUAUUUUAUCUAUAUAUAUAUUUUUUUUUGCUUCUACCGAAAUUGCUUGUGAAUUCCCAAUGACAAUGUGUACUUCACAGGAAGGACCUUCUCUAAGGCUUAAUACCCUCUAGCAGCCACCUUGUAUAAUUAUCUAUCCACUUGUGUUGGCAUUCCCUUGCUUCUCAGAUACAGUAUUAUGUGCUUCUUAUCCUGACACUCUAAAAGGCCAAACAUACUGUUUAUGUUAGCAUGCUGGCUGUGAAAACCAUAUAUGAGCUUACCUGUUUACAUGAAAUUUGAAUAUGGUAGAUAAUUGACAAAAUCUACUUUUGCAGUUUAAUGAUGAAAAGUUAUGUUCACUUUUUAUCUGUUAUUUUACUUUUGAAUUACUAAUGCACAUAUAUAUUAUGUGUUUUUUCAUUAUUAAUUUAUACAAUUGACUGUUGAAUAAUGAACUUGAAAUUUUUUCAUGUACUAUGUUAAAUUACAUGUUUAAUGCAUCCA